AAACUUUACCUUGAGUUUGACGUUUAGCGUGAUGUCCUAAAGGUAAAGACCUAAACUUACUGUCUGUGUCCUAAAUCCUUUUGGAGAUGAUAGAAAGUUAAUAAUUUAGAUUGUCUAUUUUUUCCUACAAGUUAUAAUUUAUCGGGAAUCAGUUUAGUUUUGGUCACAACUUUAUAUUCGAGGUGUUUACAAGUUCAAAACUAGGUUGCAGCGUAGAACAGUUUAUCGUUUCAUUAUGAGAUAAUACUCCUGCGUUGGAAAAUUCAACGAGAAUCGAUGACAUCACAAGUCUUUUUGACAUGCUGCUUUCAUGUGUUCUGAAACACGUCGUAUCGCUGCAAAAUUGUAGAGUGGUGUAUAAAACCUUAUCAGUGAGGAGCACAGGGAAUUGUUCUGGUGCACUUAAUAUCUCAAAUAUGCAAUCGACAAGUGAAAUAAAGCUAUCGAUUGGCAGCUUAGUUGGGUGUAAAAAGGUGUCGGUGUACGAUAAGAGAGAAUAUUUCUCCUUCCAAGGAAUACCAUUCGCUGAGCCUCCAGUGGGGAAUCUCCGAUUCAAGGAUCCAGUGCCAGUAAAACCAUGGCAAGGCGUGAAGCAGUGCACGAAGGCAGGAAAUCCAUGCAUACAGAUUCACGAAUUCAGCAAUCAGCUGAUUGGCAGUGAAGACUGUUUGUUCCUGAAUGUCUACACACCAAAGGUGAAUUGAAAUGAAUCCAACUAA